GGAUCCAUCCAGCCCAGAGGAACCACCUGUCAGACUGUAAAGAAAUGGAGGGAGAGGAAGAACCGUGCAGCUCUGCAAACACCAGCCAGCUGAAAGCUCCUGUGGAGAGGAAAGAAAAAACAAGCGUUCAAGAAGACGACAAACUGUCCCUCCUCACCUGGAACAUCGAUGGACUGGAUGGCGAGGAGCAGCCCGAGAGAGCCCGAGGUCUCUGCUCCUACAUCCAAGAAUACUCUCCAGAUGUGGUCCUUCUUCAAGAGAUGAUCCAGCCGUACGUCCGCUUCAUCCACAAACGUCUGGCCACCGACUACACCUUCAUUGAGGGUGGUGAGGGCAGUUACUUCACCGCGAUGCUGCUGAAGAAGACUCGACUCACACUGUUGGACAGCAAGAUCUUUCCUUUUCGGAACUCUCGCAUGGGGAGGAACCUGCUAUUUGCUUGGGCGAUGUUCCGGGGUCAGAAGGUCUGUUUGAUGACUUCCCACUUUGAGAGCUGUAAAGCUAACUCAGAGGAGCGAGUGAGGCAGUUCAAAGCGGUAAUAAAACGGAUGAGCAUGGCUCCUGAUGACGUCACAGUGCUGUUUGGAGGAGACACCAACCUGCGGGACUAUGAGGUCGCCACAGUGGAAAUUCCUGAGAGUAUCUGUGACCUGUGGGAGCGGCUGGGAGAGCCAGAGAAGUGUCGCUACACCUGGGACACCUGGGCCAACACCAACAAGGAGAUGCGCUUCAAGGCCCGCUGUCGCUUUGACCGCGUGUACCUGCGGCGGGCUGAGCCCCACAGCAUGACUCUGGUGGGGCUGGAGAAGCUCAGGUGUGGGCGGUUCACCAGCGACCAUUGGGGAAUCUACUGCACGUUCUCUCUUAAGUAAAAGGUGUCUGCAUUGUCCCUCUGUACACAAACUUUUAUGCAGCCUUUUAUCUCAUUCAUGAUUGGUUAAUCUGACUGAUUAGGGUGGAGUUUGUACGGAAAUCUAAAAGUUUGGUUUAGUUUAGUAUGUGGUUGAAUUUGUGGCACCAAUUUAAUACAUUUGUGGCACCUUAUAUUUAUUUAUAAAUAUAAUUCAUAUAAAUAAAGUUAAGCUUCUAAUACAGGAGGAGUUUAUACAAAUAUACACCUCGUGUUUGAAAAGAUUCAUAACCCAGGGGUCUUCAACCUGCGGCUCUAGAGCCACAUGUGGCUCUUUUAUUCCUCCUUGGUGGCUCUCUGGGUGAAGAAAAAUAAAAUAUUAAAAUUAAAAAAUGUGGAGAUUGGCUAUUAUUU